UCGUACGGCACAAAUUUUUCUUCUUCCCGAGAUUUUUUUUGUUAAUUUUUUGACAACACACACAAAAAUAUUUCUCUUUUUCUAACUUUUGUACCGCAAAUCGCAUCAUCGAAAAAUCCAUUCGCGCUUCAAAUUGAAAUCCGGAAAAUUCUCCAACAGAACGAAAAUGGCCAAAUACGACCAAAAUAACCAUCCGUACAGCCAGAUUUACAAAUUAGUUGUUGUCGGCGGAGGAGGUGUCGGAAAAAGUGCUUUAACCAUACAAUUUAUCCAAAGCUAUUUUGUCACAGAUUACGAUCCUACCAUCGAAGAUUCGUAUACGAAGCAAUGCGUUAUCGAUGAUAUUCCAUGCAAAUUGGACAUCCUCGACACUGCUGGUCAAGAAGAAUUUUCCGCGAUGCGAGAGCAAUAUAUGCGUUCCGGCGAAGGUUUCUUGCUCGUCUUUUCCGUUACCGAUCACUCGAGUUUCGACGAAAUGUUCAAAUUUCACCGCCAAAUUCUCCGUGUCAAAGAUCGUGAUGAAUUUCCGAUGCUCAUGGUUGGCAACAAGUCAGAUUUGGAAUUUCAGCGACACGUGCAAUUGGAAGAAGCGCAACAAUUGAGUCGUCAACUCAAAAUUCCCUACAUUGAAUGCAGUGCCAAAAAUAGAGUUAAUGUCGAUCAGGCGUUCCAUGAAUUGGUGCGCGUUGUAAGAAAAUUCCAAUUGUCAGAAAGACCUUUGGUUAAAGAUGAGUACAAGCGGAAAAACAAAAAGAGAUGUUGCAUAUUGUAAAAAUCUGAAAAAAAAAAAAUUUUUUUUACAAAAAAAAAAAUUAAAAAUAAAAUUAAGAACAAAUUUAGUGUCGUGUCAAAAAGAAAAAAAAUUACAAGAAAAUAAAAAAUUCCAUAGAAUUUCUGUUAAUUAACGUCCCAGUGCUCAACCACAAUAAAGCAUUCAAU